AUGGUUUAUGAGGUUCCAACUUCCAAGGUUUUUGUUACAGAGCCGAUGACUACUUUUGCCUUUAAUCUUAGAAUUUCCGCAGUUCCUGCUCAAAAUCAUUCCUCUCUAACCACCCUGAUUCAAUCUAUGCCCCAACUUCGGGAUAAAAAGCUUGGACUUUACCCAUGUCAUCUGAGAGGUCUCACAAGAAGAACCAGGAUGAAUGAUUCUCAGCCUCUGUAUCCCUUGUGGGUUACACGUGGGCUCACAAUUAUGACAUCCUCUAGCUACUGUUCCGCAUAA